AUGGUCAAAGAAGCAGUUGAGGUUGUGAGAAGCAAACUGUUACCUAAGGCAAAUACUAUAAAGGAAAUAAAUGGUGGUCCAAUAGUACCUACUCUCUCUGGUUGGAUAUGGAACUCUUUAGAUCGCAAGAUAGUGAAAGGGUGGGAGAGGGACUCAAUGCCCCCUUUGAACCAAGCUCACGGGAUAGUUGUCAGUGGGUAUCUUUCGAUUUCACCAUUGUGCUUUGUCUGUAAUUCUUGUCUCUCUACUCGAGGUUCUUCACGAGGUCCUGUCAGAGUUAUUAUGGGAAAAGCUAGCAGGUGGUUCAAGGGUUUGUUGGGGAUGAAGAAGGAGAAGGACCACAGUGACAAUUCAGGCUCACUGGCUCCUGACAAGAAGGAGAAGAAAAGGUGGAGUUUUGCUAAGCCAGGGAAGGAUGUGCCAUCUUCAGUUCCUGCCACAGAUAACACCUGGCUCAGAUCCUACAUUGCUGAAACAGAGAAUGAGCAGAACAAACAUGCAAUUGCCGUUGCCGCUGCCACUGCCGCUGCUGCCGACGCCGCAGUGGCAGCCGCACAGGCUGCAGUGGCGGUUGUGAGGCUGACAAGUCAAGGUAGAGGUGCAUUGUUCAGUGGAAGCAGGGAGAAGUGGGCUGCUGUGAAGAUCCAAACUUUUUUUAGAGGCUACUUGGCACGGAAGGCUCUUAGAGCACUGAAAGGAUUGGUUAAGAUACAGGCUCUUGUUAGAGGGUACUUGGUUAGAAAGAGGGCUGCUGCAACUCUUCACAGCAUGCAAGCUCUGAUAAGAGCUCAAACUGCUGUCAGAACACAGCGAGCUCGUAGAUCCUUGAGCAAGGAAAGCAGAUUUCUACCUGAAUUUCUCGCAAGAAAAUCUGUGGAACGAUUUGAUGAACCAAGGAGUGAAUUCCACAGUAAAAGGUUACCUACAUCCUAUGAAACAUCUUUGAAUAGUUUUGAUGAGAGUCCCAAGAUUGUUGAAAUUGACACAUACAAGACUCGGUCAAGGUCUAGGCGCUUUACCUCUACAAUGUCUGAGUGUGGAGAAGACAUGCCCUGUCAUGGAAUGUCAUCCCCUCUUCCUUGUCAUGUCCCUGGCCGAAUCUCCAUUCCUGAUUGCAGACACCUUCAAGAUUUUGAUUGGUAUUUCAAUGUUGAUGAGUGUAGAUUUUCCACUGCUCAUAGCACCCCACGUUUUACAAACUAUGCUCGCCCUAAUGCUCCGGCUACACCAGCCAAGAGCGUUUGUGGAGACACCUUCUUCAGACCUUGCUCUAAUUUUCCCAACUACAUGGCCAAUACUCAGUCAUUCAAGGCAAAACUAAGGUCUCACAGUGCUCCAAAACAAAGACCCGAACCCAAGAAAAGGCUCUCACUCAAUGAAGUGAUGGCAGCAAGAAACAGCAUAAGUAGUGUUAGAAUGCAAAGGCCAUCAUCCAAUUUCUUCCAGACUCAAGAAUCCUGGAAUUUUUGA